AUGCCGACGCCGGCGGCUUCGGGGCCUGUUUCUGUCGGCCCAGUGGUGCCGACUCUUCUGGGGUUCUCAAACAACGAUGCCGCUGGUGUGUCUAAUCGUGGAGGUGUUCGUGCGCGGAGUGGACUGGAUCCAGUGUAUUUGUAUGAGGCGCAAGCUGGCUUGCAAAGUGCUGAAUCUGUUGGUGUUCUGGUUCCUGGUCCAGUGGAGAACCUGCGGGCAGAAGCUGCGUCUGCGUCGUCCAUCCAGGCGUCCUGGGAUCCUCCGUCUCACACCAGCGGCCCGGUCCAGAGCUACCGGCUGCUGUGGACUGAGACCUCCACCGGAAAAGAGCAGAACGUGGAGGUCGUGGGUCAGAGCUAUAGGAUGGAGGGCCUGAAGAAGUUCACGGAGUAUUCGUUACAAGUGCUGGCGGUCAAUCGACACGGUCCCGGCCUCUCCGACAUAGACACGCUCAUCACCACGCUCUCAGACG